AUGUUGAGGCACUCAAAACAGGAGCAGCAGAUGUGCCGCAAGAUGCCUGGGACGUCCUUUGGCUACGUCUGCGACCAGCAUGAUGGUCGCUGCGUGAUCUGCGACCUGCAGUUUGAUGAAGCACUCCCGUCGAUGCGGGAGGUGCACGUCUGCGACGACUGCGGCUUUGGCAGAGAGGGUGAGGAGCGCUGUGUCAUGUGCAACGCAGGGAAGACGACGGAGGUGGCGUACUACUGCCAGUACUGCGUCGCGUUGGAGAAGGACCGCGACGGCUGUCCGCGGGUUCUAAAUCAGAGCCGACACCAACGCAUGGCGACAUUACGCACGCGGUGA